CGUCAGUGACCCAGAGUCCUUCCCUGUCCGGGAAGCUGGCGUCUAGGGCGAGUAGGGCUGUCGGGGCGGAGCGGCCCGAGCCCUCCUGGAGUCGAGUUCCGUACAGCAAUAUGGCUGCGUCCUGGAACUGGAAAGCGAGGGUUUGUCUCCGAAAGGAUGGAGGCCAGGACCUGUUUUAGAGGAGUGCUGUUUCCACGGGGCGAGCCUGGGAGGCGGCGUGACGUUUCCUGACGGUAGGAGAGGCUGUCGAGUGUGGCGGUGGAAGAGCCUGAGGGAUAGUUAUCAUCAGGCUGUCUCAGGACACUCAUCUUUUAAGGAUUUAGUGACUUGAAUACUUGGACCAUGUGGACUAGUGCCUUGAUUCAAGGACCAAAACAGGACCACAGAGGGCACUCAAAGAAGAAAGGAGGAUCAAACUAAGAAGCGCCUUUGACUACAUUGGCUGAAAAUUUUGAAUGACCAAUUCUGAAAUUAAAAGACAUUUAAAGUAUAGCAUUUUUCCUUAGAGGUGGUAUGUACACACUCACCUUGUAUGUGUAAAUAUAAAACCUUAUUGCGUGUACAAAGUACACCAUUGAUAUACAGGAUGUUAAGAACUUAAUUACAACAUUGGUAUCAAACCCAGGACCCCCACACUGAGCUAUACUCCUAGUCCUAGUUCUGAUUCUUGAUUAUCAGUUUUUUGUUUUUGUGAGAAUGUCUGUGGUGCAUCAUUUGCCUCCUGGGUGGUUACUGGAUCAUCUUUCUUUCAUUAACAAAGUAAACUAUCAACUUCACCAGCAUCAAGAGCCUUUUUGUAGUAAAAACAACCCCACUUCUUCUGUCUACAUGGAUUCUCUUCAGCUGGAUCCCAGGUCUCCUUUUGGAGCUCCUGCUGCGUGCUUUGCUCCUGACUCCACUACUGUGUCGGGCAAUGAGGAUGAAGGAAGUUGUGAAGUGAUCACUGAAAAAUAUGUUUUCCGAUCUGAGCUAUUUAAUGUCACCAAACCUUACAUAAUUCCAGCUGUUAACAAAGAGCGCCAACAAAGUAACAAAAACGAAAAUCUAGUGACUGACUAUAAAAAGGUCUCUGUUUCUGUUGGGAAGAAGCGUAAAAGAUGCGUUGCUUUCAAUCAAGGUGAAUUGGAUGCCAUGGAGUAUCAUACAAAGAUCAGAGAGCUGAUUUUGGAUGGAUCUUCGAAGUUAAUCCAAGAAGGUCUCAGAAGUGGUUUCCUUUACCCACUUGUUGAAAAACAGGAUGGAAGUAGUGGACGUAUCACUUUACCACUUGAUGCCUGCAAUUUGUCAGAGUUAUGUGAGAUGGCAAAACAUUUGCCUUCCUUAAAUGAAAUGGAGCUUCAAACACUACAGUUGAUGGGAGAUGAUAUGUCUGUUAUAGAGCUGGAUUUAUCCUCACAGAUCAUUGAAAACAACUCCAGCUUUUCCAAAAUGAUUACUUUAAUGGGACAAAAAUACCUGCUGCCACCACAAAGCAGCUUUCUUUUGUCUGACAUUUCUUGUAUGCAGCCACUUCUUAACUGUGGUAAGACAUUUGAUGCAAUUGUGAUUGAUCCACCGUGGGAGAACAAAUCAGUUAAAAGGAGUAACAGGUACAGUAGUUUAUCACCACAGCAGAUAAAGCGAAUGCCUAUCCCUAAACUGGCUGCUGCUGACUGUCUCAUUGUUACUUGGGUGACCAACAGGCAGAAGCAUCUGUGUUUUGUGAAGGAGGAACUAUAUCCUUCGUGGUCUGUGGAAGUUGUUGCAGAGUGGUACUGGAUAAAAAUCACAAAUUCAGGAGAGUUUGUUUUCCCGUUGGAUUCUCCACACAAAAAGCCUUAUGAAUGUCUUGUACUGGGGAGAGUUAAAGAGAAAACUGCUUUAGCAUUAAGGAACACAGAUGUAAGAGUACCCCCGGUUCCAGAUCAGAAGUUGAUUGUCAGUGUACCCUGUGUUCUUCACUCACACAAACCGCCUCUUACCGAAGUUCUGAAAGACUACAUCAAGCCAGGUGGCCAGUGCUUAGAAUUGUUUGCUCGGAAUUUACAGCCGGGUUGGAUGAGUUGGGGCAACGAAGUCCUCAAGUUUCAGCACAUGGAUUAUUUCAUUGCUCUGGAGUCCAGAUGCUGACUGUAAAAGUUGUGCUGUCUUUAUCUCAGCUCCUUCCUUCAAACUCAUUUCCCCUUGUACCAGUCAGUGUGCUUAGACAUAUGAACUUUUAUACCAUUCAGUGUACCCAGAAAUGUAAAUUUUAUACCAAUCAAUGUGCAUAGAAAUAUACAUACAUCUCCCACAGCCCUUUACAGUGAGUCUCUUCCUUCGUUCCUCGAUCUGUGGCGAACAGUGGUUUGUUUUCUCACGUUAUUGUUUCCUAAUGCUGUGUCUGGCUUCUUCCACUGAGCAUUCAGGAAAACCAAUGACACUGUAUAUAAACCACUUGCUGCUUACUAAGGGGAUUGUUAGACUGAAUGUACUUGGACAAGCUUGCUUUACCUACCCAAUGAUUUCAUCAGACAUUAAUUUUGAGGUUUGUUCAUCUUUUGAGGGCCAGUCUAUGUUUUUUCUUUUUAUUUCUUCUUUAAUUUUUUUAAAAAAGUACUAUUUCUAUGUAUU